AUGUCACAAGAACAAGUGAACGAAAUACAAGCUGAAGGAUCCAAACUAAUUAAAGCGAAAAGAAAUAUUGAAGGAUUACAUCAAAUCGCAAGUAACAGACAUGAAUUUUAUUCGAAAGAACUGAAUGAACUUAAAGAAGAAGUUGCAGAGUUGGAAAAAAGUGUGAAUGUACAGCAACAAUCAGUACGAAUGAUCGAGCAAGAGAACGAAACCCGUUUAAUUUUUUACCGAGAUCGAGUAGAUAAUUUAAAAUCAAAAAAGGAUAAUCUACAAGAUGAUGAUGAGCGUUCAAAUUACAAAAAAGAAGUUGAAGAACUUCGAAAUGAAAUUGAGCAUCAUAUAAGUGAACAGAGAAAAAAUCUCAAAAAGAAAUGA